AUGGAACUACUAAUUAAUAAAGCAAAUCGUGCAAACAACUAUUAUGGUCCUAAUCAAGAUUCCAAUAUUCAUUGGGAAUACAAUUGGUUCACUCCAUUGAAAAUAGAAACAUAUGCUAAUAAUACUACAAAUAGGAACCCAGAAGGUAAUCUUGAAAAGUAUCCUUUCAAAUUUAAAAAAUGGCAAUUGCGAAUCCAAAAUACAAAUGAUGAAAAUGAUACUAUAAUGACAACAUCACAAGAUAAUACUCAUGAUAUCUCAUCAGUAUCAUUAUCAUCCUUAUUGUUUGAUUUAAAUAAAUUCGAUAGAACUAAACAACAAUCUCAAUUACCAAAAGUUGCUAAUGCCAUGAAUGCAAACGGUACGGCAGAUGGAAGUUUGACCGUAGACGAUAUUAGAGGUGCUGUAGGUGGUAGUGAAGCAAUUCCGGGUUUAUCUAGUUCCACUGAUGUGAAUGCAAACGCAAAUGCAAACGCAAAUGCAAACGCAAAUGCAAACGCAAACGUAAACACAAACACUGAAGCCAACACGAUAGUAGAAAAUAUAACAGAUGCACUACCGCUUGAAGACUCAAAAGUUGACCCUGUUGAAAUAAACAAUGAAUCGACAAUGGUGGCAUCCAAUGACAAAACAAGAACAGAAACAGAAGAAAUUGUAGUUAAUAAUGGUGUACAGGAACGUGAAGCAGAACUGCCCGUAGACGAUGAUAAUACAAAUACUGCAACUGAGACUACCGAUCAACCAUUGCCUCCCACUAGCCAAGAUGAGGAAGAAUCAUCUUUAAUUGAGCCGGUAAAUAAUACCGAUACUAUCCCGGCAACAGUAGAUCUAAAUCAACAGAAUGAUGAAUCUUCAACAGCAAUACCUUUGUCGGCAUCUGAAGAUCCAACGCAUGAACCAUCAUCAGCAGUUGAUGCUGAAGGUGAUAUUGAAAUGAAAGAAUGA